AAGGAAAUCAUCCUUGACGACAGGAAGGCGCUGGAAACAAGGAACAAGGCUACUGGGAUUAGCGUUAUCAGCUCAUUGCCGAUCAAUGAAUCGAUGUCAAUGCUAAAAACGAUACAGACUCUUAUGGCAGAAUUGCAUAUAAUUGGACAAAUCAUCGGGGCCACCGGAUUCCCACAGAACAGCCUCUUCUGCAAAUGGGGUGUACACGCAGGAGGAGCAUGGAGACUUCUUUCUGGUCUGAAGGAAGGCCAGACUCAGGUGGACAUGCCUCAAACUGGGGACAUGGCAUACUGGAGGCAUCCCAUUGAUUUGCACUACACUACUAAGGGCCUACAAGGAUGGCCAAGGCUUCAUCUCCAGGUGUGGCAUCAGGACUCUUUUGGCCGAUGCCAGCUGUAUGGUUAUGGUUAUAUCCACGUACCAUCAAGCCCAGGACAGCAUCAUCUGCAGUGCGUGACAUGGCGACCGCUGGGAUCCUGGCAGGAUCAACUUGCUGAGAUGUUUGUUGGAGGAGGACCACAGCUGCGCUCGCCAGAUCUCAUUUACAGUGGCGCAGACAGAUACAGACUCCACACAGUUGGCAUGGGCACAGUUGAACUAGAGCUGUGCGUUAUUCUGCGCCACUUUGACAGAUACGGUGUGGAGAGCUGAGAACGGACUACAGGUUGUCAUAUAUUUCAGGUCUAUGAUAUAUGGAGAGGAAAAGAAGGUAAAAUAUUUUGUUAUAUUGGGCAGGAGGUAGUUAUAUAAGGUGUGUAUGAAUGUAAGUGUUGUAUGUUAUACAAAGAGUUGAGUGAAAUGGUGAGUGAUAGAUUUAUCUCCGCAGACUGAUACUGUGUUUUUGUACUUUGGAUCUCAAACAAUACUUUUUUAUUUCAUUUUGUACACUUUUUGUACACU